AUGAUCGUUUCGAAGUGGCUUGUGUGCCAAUUGGUGCUGUUCACUACUUUGUCGCAUGCGUUUACCGACUACCUUUUGAAGAAAUGUGCGCAAUCUGGGUUUUGCCAUAGAAACAGGGUCUAUUCAGAAAAUAUCGCCCUAUCACGCAACUCUUAUUACAAAUUGGACGCCGCAUCCGUUGUUCACGAUCCAUUGCAGAACGUUCUGCAUGCUACCAUAAUCAAGACUAUUCCAAGGCUCGAGGGCGACGACAUAGCCGUCGAGUUCCCAUUUUCGCUCUCUUUCCUACAAGACCACUCAGUGAGAUUUAUUAUAGACGAGAAGGAGAGAACGAGCGUCAACGACAGCGGCUUAUUGGUCUCCCCACAGCGCUACAAAGAAACCUGGCUGCACGCCUUCGACGAAAAGUUUCGCGGCGAGGUGAGCAAGACCAACUUUUCUGAAUCACACUUUCUCGAGCAACCACGCACCGGAAACUCGCUUUGGUCGAAAUUGACAUCGUUUCUCUCGCUGUCAAACUCCACUAGUGACGCCAUUCGUUUGCAGAACGGUUGCGUGUCGCUCGAAGUUCUCACAGAGCCUUUCCAGUUGAAGAUCUACUGGCGUAACACCCUUAAACUGAUUGUCAAUGAGCAAAAUUUUCUGAACAUUGAGCAUUACAGGUCCAAAGAGGAAAACUUCGCACAUGUGCUCCCAGAGGAAACCGCUUUCAACAUGUUCAAAGAUGACUUCAAGUAUUCUAAAGACGACACUUUGCCCCUGGGGCCCGAAUCAAUUGCAUUGGAUUUCUCCUUUAUCGGGUCCACCAACGUCUACGGUAUACCGGAGCACGCAACUUCCCUGCGGCUGAUGGACACCUCGCAAAGGGAACCUUACAGGCUUUUCAACGUCGAUGUCUUCGAGUAUAACAUUGGAACCACACAACCAAUGUACGGCUCCAUCCCAUUCAUGUUUUCGUCAUCAUCCACGUCCGUCUUCUGGGUCAAUGCCGCUGACACUUGGGUAGACAUUAGGUAUGAUAGCCAGCAGAAUAAAACCAUGACUCAUUGGAUUUCGGAAAAUGGUGUCCUAGACGUAGUGGUCUCCCUGGGGGAAGACAUUCCCACCAUCAUUGACAGGUUCACCGAUUUGACUGGCAGACCCUUCCUACCACCAAUGUCCUCUAUCGGGUACCAUCAGUGUAGAUGGAACUAUAAUGAUGAAAUGGAUGUUCUCACCGUGGACUCUCAAAUGGAUGCUCACGAGAUUCCCUACGAUUUUAUUUGGCUGGACCUGGAGUAUACAAAUGACAAGAAAUUUUUUACUUGGAAGCCAAACUCUUUCCCUGAUCCAAAGAGACUGCUAGCUAAACUAAACAAGCUGGGGAGAAACCUUGUCGUGCUGAUCGAUCCUCAUUUGAAGGAGGAUUACGAAGUUAGCGAUAUCGUAAUCAACGAAAACGUAGCAGUCAAAGACCACAAUGGCGAUGACUAUAUAGGCCGUUGUUGGCCAGGUAACUCCAUCUGGAUUGAUACUAUGAGCAAGCACGGCCAGAAAAUUUGGAAAUCGUUUUUCGAAAGUUUUAUGGACCUGCCAUCCAAUUUAUCCAAUUUGUUCAUAUGGAACGAUAUGAAUGAGCCUUCGAUUUUCGAUGGUCCGGAAACUACAGCUCCAAAGGACUUAAUUCACCAAAACAACGUUGAGGAAAGAUCCCUUCACAAUCUUUAUGGUUUAUCCGUCCAUGAAGCCACCCACGAUGCGGUAAAGUCAAUAUACUCCGCAUCUGAUAAGCGGCCCUUCCUUCUUACAAGAGCCUUUUUUGCCGGCUCCCAACGUACGGCCGCCACAUGGACUGGUGAUAAUGUAGCAAAUUGGGACUAUUUAAAGAUUUCGAUCCCCAUGGUCCUAUCGAAUAAUGUCGCUGGUAUGCCGUUUAUCGGAGCCGACAUUGCUGGUUUUGUUGGAGAUCCGUCACCUGAACUCGUUGCUCGAUGGUAUCAGGCUGGUUUAUGGUACCCAUUUUUUAGGGCUCACGCCCAUAUUGAUACAAAGAGAAGAGAACCUUAUCUAUUUAACGAACCUUUGAAGUCCAUCGUUCGUGAUGCCAUACAACUAAGGUAUUUCCUUUUGCCCACCUUAUACACCAUGUUUUAUAAAUCAAGCACUACUGGAUUUCCUAUAAUGAAUCCGAUGUUUGUUGAACAUCCAGAAUUAUCCGAACUGUAUGAUAUCGACAAUCAAUUUUACUGGGGCAAUUCAGGUCUAUUAGUCAAACCUGUAACGGAGCCCAAUCAAUCGGAAACAGAAAUGAUUUUUCCACCAGGUAUCUUUUAUGAAUUCUCAUCUUUGGACUCUUUUGUAAAUGAUGGUAUAAACUUGAUGAAAAGAAAUAUUUCUGCGCCACUAGAUAAGAUUCCAUUGUUUAUAGAAGGUGGCCACAUUAUUACCAUGAAAAAUAAGUAUAGAAGGUCCUCAAAGUUAAUGAAGAAUGACCCGUAUGUCCUAGUAGUAGCCCCCGACGCUAAUGGUGUUGCUGUUGGUGAACUCUACGUUGAUGAUGGAGAAACUUUUGGUUAUCAAAAAGGUGAAUACGUAAGGACACAGUUUAUCUUGGAAGGUGGACAUAUCUUAAAAAACCUUCCAGAUCAUAUCCCUGAUAAUUUGGCCGACAUUCACAACGAUACCUUGAGAAAUACAAGUAUUGAAAAGAUCAUCGUUGCGAAGAACACGUCACAACAUAAUGUGACAUUGAAUGACACCGUAACGGUCAAACAAGAUGGUAGGGAACGUUCGCUCUCCACUAAACUAUCACGGGAAGAUGAUAAUAGGAUUAUCAUUAUGAACCCGAUGCUUGAUAUAACCGAGAAAUGGGAACUUACCUUUUAA